AUGCCAUCCACUCCGAAGCCACCGGACCGCCGGCGCUCGUCAGCACAGAUAUACCAUACAUUCUCUACUCCUCCGCCCAAAUCCCGAGGGCGGCCACUGUCUAGCGAGUCGAAUUUAUCUAGUCCCAAUGGUGAAGCAGAGUUUCUCAUCCCCGAAUCCCCGCUCCCUACCAGACAAAUGACAAUUCUCGCGGUUAUUGCCCUCUGCGAGCAGACCGCAUUCAACUCCAUAAGCCCCUACCUUCCGCACAUGGCAGCUUCAUUUCCGAAUGUAAGCCAUGGCCAAGUAGGGAUGUAUGUGGGUAUAAUCGCAUCUGCGUUUGCACUUGCGCAGUUUGUGACAAACUUCUUCUGGGGCUGGGCAUCAGAUCGCAUUGGCCGAAAACCGGUAAUUUUAUUGGGGACAAUUCUUAGUGCUGGUUGUUUCCUAGCCUUUGGGUUCUGCAGGACGCUAUGGCAAGCCAUUGUCGUUCAGGCCUUGAUGGGACUCGUCAAUGGGAACCAAGGUGUCGUUGCAACCUGCCUAGGCGAAAUUACAGACCGGACGAACCAGUCUCGUGCGUUUACAUACCUCCCAGUGAUUUAUGGACUUGGAGGAAUCACUGGACCGAUAAUUGGUGGCCUCCUCGUUUCAAAGGCCAGCCAAGUGAACAAAAAUUUUCCUUAUCUCACUCCCAACAUGGUCUCCGCCGCUAUCUUAACGGCAGACUUCGUCUUAGCAUAUAUAUUCCUGGAGGAAAGUCUUGAAAAUUCUACUACACUUCCUAAACUUGAGAAGAAGGUCCGCGAGUUGUUCACGUGGCUCUGGCAAUUCACAAGCUCGUCAAGACCAACAUACCUGCGGUCAUCCCGCCCGCGUCACCACAGCCGCAGCGCAACACGGCAGAGCUAUUCGUCGGUAUCAGAUGAAGAAACUGAUGCCGAUAUUUAUUCGUCCUCCGCGAGUCCGACCACCCCGCUAUUCCGUUCACCAAAUCUUUCAAAUGGGCUCGAACGGGAUGAAGUUUUCAAUAGAGAUACUAUCCUCUUACUUAUUACAUACUUGAUAUUUGCAUUGACGAAUGUGGCGUUCAACUCUCUUUACCCCAUCUUUGCUCAAGCGCCACCACCAACGGGUCGCCAACUCAAGCCAAGCGAGAUCGGACUCUCGCUCGCGUUUGCGGGUAUCGUCACGAUUGUGUUCCAGAUUUGCAUAUUUGGGAGACUUCGGGGUAAAAUGGGCAAUAAAUGGUCAUAUCGAGCCAGUCUGUUAGGAUUUGUUAUUUCAUUUGUCCUGAUGCCAUUUGUCGGGUAUAAAGAUGGUGCUGUUGUAGAUGGGAAAGUAUCUAAGAGCUCCAUCCUCCUCGCUAUUGAGCUAUGCACAGUUCUACUUGUGAAGACUGUAGCCACCGUCGGCGGCUUAACAAGCGCUCUUCUACUGAUCACCAACUCUGUCCCAAACAACCAAGUAUUAGGCUCUCUAAAUGGGCUUGCUCAGACCCUAUCCGCUGCAGGGCGGACUGUAGGACCGUUUCUAUCCGGAAGCCUCUUCACCCUCGCAACCCGAAUCAAACCCAAAGGCGAAGCGAUGGCCUUUGGUGUUUUCGGCGGUGUAGCGUUCAUCGGAUUCCUGCUAAGUUUCGGCAUUAGAGGUACCAAGCUUGAAGCCCAUGGAUUUUUCGACAAUGACAGCGACGACCACUAUAAAUCCGAUGAUGACGAAAGCCCAUGA